ACUAUUAAAGCGCAGAUUAAUUUCGCGCGAAAGAGUAAGUAGGUUAUUUGCGGUCCAAGUUUCUUUAUUGUUUGUAUUUCUUCUUUCGGUUUAGAUUAUUGUUUCAUACGCUCCGAAAUGCCUAAAAGGUCGUAUCCUUUUAAUGAAUCAUUCUCGUCGCAGUAUAAAAUUCAUAUCGGACAAAAAGAGCUAAACCUACAUGGAGUAUUCGGAAACAAGUACAGGCAGGAAGUCUAUGAAAAGACCAAAAAUCUACUAUUUAAUGGGACCAAAGCUGCAAUGGGACGGAUCUGGAAGCUGGAUGCUGAGGGAAAGUGCUCUGACAUGGAUCCGGGUAAUCAGAGUGGGGUGCUACAGCCUACCAGUCAGAUGCUUCUCAAAGGACAAACACGUAUUAGCCUCGAUGGCAAACUGAAGAAAGCUGAGACUGUUCCAGAAACUGCAAACUCUUCAGCAGUGUGCGGGUCAUGUCGGAGAGCAUCGGGGGUGAAGAGGCCCUGUGAGCGGUGCGAGCGGCCUGCCUGUGUCACCUGCUCCCGGCAGUGCAGCAGCUGCUGCAGCCACUGCUGCUCCGUGUGUACCAUAAUAGAUUACACAGACCGCUAUGACCGGGUCCUCUGUUUUAGCUGCUCCUCAUGAAUUGAGUUGGAAGAAGGAUCAGAUAGAUGGUUGGAUGGAUGGAUGGAUGGUUGGAUAGAUGCAGUUAAGAGUUCUACUUGGAAUAACUCUUAAUUCAUUCCACAAUGUAAAUUAAUUUUAUAUGCAUUUUACCCUAUUAGAGUGUGUACAUAUUUAAUUUGUCAAUUAAAGAAAUGUAUACUUAACUGAGUUGUAAAUAUUCAGGGUUUUUUGUUUUUCACAAGUUAUAAGGGAGAAAUGCACUGUUUUGUAUGGCAUUGAAGACAUGUCCUGUAAUUUCAUAUGAAUCAAAAGAUUCUUCUUGUGAUGUCUGACACCCAUUCCCACACAGUUGUUAAAGGUUCAUAAGAUUAGUGAAAGUCAUGGGUUGUACUGUGAGCUAAUUGUGCCAAUUGUUGAAUUUUAUUUUAUUUUUUUUAUAAUAAAGGGUUUAACUUCA